AUCUUCUGCAGAAUUAUUUUCUUCUUGUGUUGGCAUUGCAACGCAAUGCCCACACUUACAACACUCUGGAACGUUUUUAUCAUCAAGAAGGGGUUGGUGGCUCUAGUCCAUCCCCAGCAGAAAUUUAUAGUCAUGACAUCCUGGAAACGUCUUUGGAUAAUUCUACGCUGUUGGGUGAUG